AUGGGAAGAUCUCCAUGCUGUGAUGAGAUUGGUUUGAAGAAAGGUCCUUGGACACCUGAAGAAGAUGAGAAGCUUGUUAACCACAUUCAAAAAUAUGGUCAUGCAAGCUGGAGGGCUCUUCCAAAACUAGCAGGACUCAACAGGUGUGGCAAAAGUUGCAGGUUAAGGUGGACGAACUACUUGAGGCCUGACAUUAAGAGAGGGAAGUUUUCUCAAGAAGAAGAACAAACAAUUCUGAAUCUCCAUGCCAUCCUUGGAAACAAAUGGUCAACAAUUGCAAGUCACUUACCAGGUCGGACAGAUAAUGAAAUCAAGAAUUUUUGGAACACCCAUCUCAAAAAGAAGCUUAUUCAAAUGGGUUAUGAUCCAAUGACACACCAACCUCGAACUGAUGAUAUCUUCUCAGGCUUGUCUCAUCUCAUAGCACUGGCAAAUCUGAAAGAAUUCUUAGACCAUCAUCAUCAUUAUUCAUGGGAACAAAACGUUGCAAGGCUACAAGCGGAGACCAUCCAAUUGACCGGGCUCCAAUGCUUCCAACAGCAACACCUCUUUCAGCCACAAGCUUCAACUGAGUUUGAGCCUAACACCAAUAACCUUUCAAAAGAUCAUUUUGAAAACACCAUGCCAUUAUCUACUGGAAUUGGUAGCAAUCUCCAUUUGGUCAAUGAUUCCAUCCCUUUCUCUCACAUGCCAAGCUUGGAAACACCCCCUUGUUGUUCAUAUGAAGCACCAUUAAGCAAGGAAAUGUUCCAAGCCCCUAACGAAUCCACUACUGCAUUUUGUCAAGGAGAAAGUUAUCCCAAUUCUCCAUGGCUUCUUUCAUGCUCAAGCACUACCCCUUCUCCCUCCCAUGCUGUUCCACCUGUGACACAGGUUUCAUUAACUAGUAUGGAAGAUAAUUGCAUUAAUUCUGCUAUUUGGUCUGAGCUCUUGCUAGAGGACCCUUUGUUCAACAGGAUUUCCUAG